ACAACAUGACGGCGAAGUUUUAACGUCAUUACAAUAUAUAUAGAACAGGACCACAUAUCAGCAUGAAACACGCAAUAAAUCAGGUACACGUUGCAUGGUACAUCAGACGGUUAAGCUUUUUCAUUUUAAGUAAAAUGAUAUCUAUAAGAAACACUUUUCCGGCUUCUUGUCAAAAUUUCAUUUUUCUAGUAAGACAAGCACACAACCAUGUAUUUUCCGAUUUCCAAGUUAACUUUACUUGCUGUCGCGGCUCUUUUCACAUCUUCUAUUGCAGUUGAUGUAGAGGCCAGACAGACCCCUUCUCCGGAUCCAGUUCCAACGCCCACUCCAACCCCAACACCCACCGCAAAAACUACCUUGAAUGCUUCACAAUCCGCAUCCCAAUCAAUGGAAAUACAAGUCGCACUCGCUUCCUAUGCUUCAUCUCUCUCUGUAGCCUCAGUAUCAGCUGUCAAGGCUGGAUCAACGGUAGCUUCGUUACCGGGCUAUACACUAGCUGCUUCGGCGGUUGGUCCCGGAUCUUCAAAUGCAGCGAAAGCUGCUACAGGGAACUCGGGCUCUGGGAGAGGUGCAGAGGUGGAUAUGGUGUGGGUCAAUGUUGGAGUGGGAUUGGUGGUUUGUGCGGUGGGGUUGUUGUGAGGGGAAUAUUUUGUGGAAGGCUGGGGAUGAAAAGAGAUCCUCACUUUCAAAUAGGGAGUGAAGCGUAGAAGGGGUGGAGACUUUCUAAUCCUCCUUUGCUAUCUCACUUGAGUUGGAGUCCGGGAGGAGUGUUAAGAUGACUUGGAGGAUGAAAAAGUCAAACUAUGGCUCAAUCAUCGAACAUUGUCAGUAUGGUCAAUGAUCAUCUGAUAAUCGAGUUCAAAUGACGCUCAGAACUAAUAAGUGUCGCAUGAGAUGAAUAAGGCCGACGAUAUGGGACAUGGCUGUCAUCACAGUUUUGGCUAUGUACGCAGAGUCAAUUUGGUGGCAAAGGUAUGAUGGGUAUGGACAAAAGUCGUGUUUUUUUGCCUAAUGGCCGGAUCAAAGUGAAUGCGGGUACAUUCAUACGAAUUGGAUGAUGAAUUUAUGAGGUUUUACGAAUGGGUUUUUGGUGGAUUACAUUAUUUAGUGUAAAAUGGAGAGGAUGUUACAGUACAGAUGUCACAUGUCCAUCGCUAAAUAGAAAGUUGAGUAAGGAAAGGAAGAGGAAGCAAAGUUGCUCUUUCCACUUCAUUUAGAAUAGAGAUCGAAUCAACUAGCUAUUG